GAAAUCUUGAGAUGAGUUGAUGAUCUACACUGUAGUACUUGAGUGGCCAAGUGUCUACACAUAACACACGAGUUGUCAACAUCAGACUCCGAGAACCGAGCCGGGCGAGCGAUCGGUUCUAUGUCGCUUUCUCAGUGGAGUGCUGCUAUGUCCCUGAGCCCCAAGCAUACAACACCGUUUUCAGUCACAGAUAUACUCUCACCACUGGAUCACGAGAAUUACAAGAAGACUACCAUCGAGGCGGCAAUUCCGCCCCUCACCCCCUACCGUAAUACCCAGCACCCACAGAGCAUGACAGGCAUGGGGGGGAUGGGGGGCAUGAGUGUCCCCGUCACGAACCCCUACCACAACUACGUACCCCCCUUGUCCCACCACACAGGAUCCUUCCCAUCCCAGUACUGCCAGGGGUCGGAUCUGGCUUACGGUGACCCCACCCGACAUUCAACAUCGUCAUGGUACGGUACCAACCCGGAUCCCAGAUUUGCCUUUUCUCGGCUGGCGAUGAACAGUUCCUGUGCUAUGUCCUCGAUGCCCAUGUCUGGAGGGAUGGGGACUGGCCUUGGGGGUCUGGACCAGAGCGGGAGGGGAAUGCAGUUUCCUUUGACCCAAAGACGCAAGAGAAGGGUACUCUUCUCCCAGGCUCAAGUUUAUGAGUUGGAACGACGCUUUAAGCAGCAGAAAUACCUCUCCGCUCCAGAACGAGAGCAUCUGUCUAGCAUGAUCAACCUUACACCUACCCAGGUUAAGAUAUGGUUCCAGAACCACCGCUACAAGUGUAAGCGUCAACAGAAGGAUAAGGAAAAGAUGGAUCAGACAACAAAGGAUAGCUCAGGCAGUGACAGCAAUCAGAACAAUGCCAGAUCGUCGUCGUCAUCGUCGUCAAACUCCCAGUCAGCUCAGGCAAACAACAACAAUAACGGUGGCAGCCAAACUUCUCAGUCAAACUCUAACAAUCCCUCCCCAAGGCGGGUGGCUGUUCCGGUGCUUGUGAAGGACGGGAAACCGUGUGCUAGUUCUGGGAGCAACGAUGGAGGAGGAGGAGGAGGUGGCCAACAGCAGCAGCAGCAGAGUCAAGGAGGGUCCAGUCACCCGACUGUGUCUCCUUCUCUUCAGCACCAGACCUCUCUCCAUUCCUCUUGUGCUGUUUCCACUGCCAAGAACCUAUCUCACUCAAACACUCUAGGGUCUCCGACCUUAGCGGAGAUCUCUGGGUCUCUGUCUCACUCUGGAGCGACCUCUCAAUCGAGUCACUCAGUGCUGCACCACGGCUUGGGUGGCUACAACUCCCCCGGCAUCAACACCAACGCCCUCUCAUCUUCCCCGUAUCUGGUAAAUGGAAGAACCUGGUAACUGGAUAUAUUUCUUCCUUCUUAAGGACAUAAGCAGCAGGUGUUAUGUGAACUAUUCUUGUAUACUGUUGUGUCUCAUAUGUCAUAAAGACCCCUCCCCUUCCAACCCCUUACUCACACAAAUACUCCUGUUGUUAAAUAUGCUCGUAAAAUUCCCAAUCUACCUAGCACCGGGUUUAUUCCUCCAAAGCAAAUUUGCUGCCGUUUAAUGGUCGUCAUAUCAAACUGUGACCAAAGCUGCAUCGCCGAAUGAAGGUUUUUUUAAUGGCGAUCGUGUUUACUCAGUGCCAAUAUCCAUACCAUAUAAACGUACUACACAAUAUUCCCAGGACCAAUCAAAUAGAUUUGAUAUUUAUAAAACAAUCGUUUAUUUCUUUGCUCGAACAAUCUAUGGACACUUUACUUGUAGAAAUUUCAGUAAUAUAGUGUCUGUAGUUCUUAACAAUAAGCACUUCAUUGAAAACCUUCUUAUUAAAUUCUACCUUUUUAGAGCACAGAUUUCAAUAUCAAUAUAAAAUACAAAAGAUAAAUGUUUCUUCAUCCUUUAUGAGUUUCUACCAAUAUUUCAAUUUCAAAUAUUUUCAAAAUUAAAACGAUUAAAGGGACGGUGCUGUCAUGUUUCAUGGUGCUGACGGAAUGAAUGAUAUUCACAUUUUAAGAUUUUAUCAAAAUAUGUUGUGUAUAAGUUAUUUCAGUUAUUUACCUUAUAAAGGAUAUAAUGAGAACACGAAUUAGUCAAACAAAACCUAUUCAAAAUCGUUUGACAAUCCAAAACACGUUGCCUUUCUAUUUGACGAUUUAUAAACAGAUUACAAUAUACACUUAAUGUGAGUAGAACCAACCACGGCAUAUGUAUACAUUGUUCGCGAUACUUGAUGAGCUGGGUAGCUUAAUCGAGCAGUUAUUGGACAUAGAAUGAAUUUCAUUGUUGCGUGUGUCACAUGAAUGUGUGGGAAAACAGUGUUUAUCGACCGGCAUAUACAACACAAUGUGGCUACAUUGAAAACGAGAGGGGUUUACUUUGAUAGGAGAAGCAUUGAUUAAAACACUUGAUUCCUUGGUGGGGAGGGCGGGAGCGAACAUUUCUAUUUUGUCUUGAUAGACAUUAUCUGGAUGGAAGAAUUUGACGGAAAAGGAGCGUGAUUAGUGUGUUUCGAAGUACCUGGCAACUAUUGCACUUUUUCUGUCUGAAUAUGAUCAUGAUAAAUAAUAUAUUUUCUUUUUGACUUUCAUAUCAACAGUCAUAGGAAACAUGCGUGGUUGAUAGCGUCAUAAGUGUAUAACGUCGCAAUUUUGUGAAACAUUAUUUUUUGCAAAGCUUAGUGAUUUUGAAACAGUGAAUACGCAAUCCUUUAUCACAACUAGAUCACAUUAUGCAGAAACCUCAUUUGUGUAUCGUAUUAGUUGCAGUAAGAUUAUUUUUUUGUUAUUGUGAUAUCGUAAUGUUGAUAAUGGUUCAAUGUGUGACGUAUUUAUAGUUUGUACUGUCUUUAUGACACCUGGUGUCAUCACGUGGUGUCACACGGUUUUUUGAAUUGUCACAUCCAUUUUAUGUGUUCUUCUUUUGUAAAAAAAUAUGAAUAUGAUUCUUGAUCAUUAUGUGUCAUAACUUGUUUAAGAACAAUGUAUUGCACAGAUUACCCCUGGAAGUUCAAUACAAUCAAUACAAUAAUGGCACGUGGUACAUUGCAGCAAAUUUGCUUUAAAAUGGAAUUAGGUGCUAGCACAUAUUGUUCAUGUCAUAAAUGGGCAAAGGCCUGUCAUUCACCCGUGUAAGUUAUUAAUGUAGAUUUCAUUACAUUACAUUGCCUUGACAACAUGUUUACUACGUUUGUUCAGAAAUUGUAUGUGGACAAUUCUUGCACCCUAUCCUUCAAGCGGCCAUGUUUGCAGGCGCUAGUUGAACUAGAACAGUUUAACAACCCCUCCCCCCUUCUCAACCCACUAUAAACCGGGAUCCUGGUGUCAUUAAAUUGAGGCGGACAUGGGGGUUUAUUUACCCACGUUGUGUCCAAUACUGCAAUAAGGCGUCUUGUCGGACCAGCGCAAUGCUAGGUUCUCGAUAUAUUGCGGAACUUUACAAUGUCCUUUGAUGUGUAGAUUUCAUAUUUUGUUCACCACUUAAGGCCCGUAGGCCUGUGGUUAACGUUAUUCAGAAAUAAAUUUUUCUUAUGUGGAA